AGCGACCCUCAGGGAAGCUCCAAGAGGAGCAGGUCGAGGGAGCCCCGGGGACACGGACAGUAUUCUGAACUUUCUGAAAAUAAGACUGAAUGGCUCAAGACGUGGGCAUCAAUUCUCUACUUAGGAUGAUCUGGAAACUCGCUUUAUCCUUGUUUCUUGUGUCCACUCUGAUUCAUGUGUCAGAAACCAGAAAAAAUCGUCCUGCAGGAGCCAUCCCUUCUCCUUACAAAGACAGCAGAAGCAACAACUCAGAGAGGCGACAACAUCUAAACAAAGAGGUCCUGGCCUCUAGCCAAGAAGCUCUGGUGGUCACCGAAAGGAAGUAUCUGAAAAGUGAUUGGUGCAAAACCCAACCCUUGCGCCAGACGGUUAGUGAGGAGGGCUGUAUCAGUCACACCAUCAUCAACCGCUUCUGCUAUGGCCAGUGCAACUCUUUCUAUAUCCCAAGGCAUGUGAAGAAGGAAGAGGAGUCAUUCCAGUCCUGUGCCUUCUGCAAGCCUCAGAAAGUCACCUCCUUCACUGUUCGGCUAGAGUGCCCUGGGCUGGACCCACCUUUCCGACUUAAGAAAAUCCAGAAAGUCAAGCAGUGUCGCUGUAUGUCUGUGAAUUUGAGCAGUACAGGCAAACAGCGAAAGUGAGCCCUGGCAGUCCAUCCAGCCAGAGUCAUAUUCUAUAGACAAAUUGUCUGAUUGUGUUUAUUUCUCUUGGUGGAGAUGUUCCUGGAGCAGAACCAUUUGUAUACUGGGAACCAUGGCUGUUCUGAGGCUUCCUUCUCUAUUACCAAAGCAGCUGUUUAACCACUGGGUCUGUAUGACUGAAGCAUCCAACACAGGGGUAAGACUACCUUGGUGGCCAGUGGUUGACAUCCAACACUUAACACUUCCACUAUGUGGAAUGCCUUUUGGCUUUUUCUCCACCCCUGUCUUUGGACGAAUAGAUAGCCCAGUGAUGUCUUUAUGCUUUCCCAUCUUUUCCGUUUUGAAAUAUUUCAUUCCAUAAUUGCCAACCUACUGCAUUCUUCUUUGGGCUGCAUUGCUGACAUGGAAAGAGACAGGAACAGUUCCUGUGAAGUCUGACUGAUAAAGGCACUUUAAAUGGCAUCUGAGCCUUAUCUUCCAUGGAGAUAAUCAACCUGCCACUUUCCACUUGCGAGAUCAAGCAUGGGAUUAUACAUCUUGUCAGAUAGAUUGCCUCAAGUACACUUUUCAGCUGUAUUGUUUCACUUGUACUGCAGCUAUAGCAAAGUGUUGUUAGACUUGUUAAUAUAGACAUGAGCAUGCAUAUUUUUUAGAUCACUUAACUAUCCAAAGGGCUAAGAAAAAGCAUCUUCAGCUAUUGGACCAGGUUCUUUGAAUAGAGCAGGAUUUUCAGUAGUGUUAAUUUCUUUGCCAGAUGUUUGCGUUAUAUUUAAAUUUUCUUUCCCCUGAAUCACUAUUAUGAAUUUCUUCUAAUCUUAUGCUAAAUCAGUACAGUACAUUUGUACAGAAAGUAAACAAUAUUGUGUUUAAUUUAUUAAAGCACAGUGGCAAAAAAGGUAAAAUACUUCAUCACAGCUGAAUCAAUCCCUGCGUCCUUUUAUGAAAAUUUGUAUCUAUGUAGAAAAAAAGUGUAUUGUGUAUAAAGUGAUGUGACCAUGCGGAUUCAUACCAUGUUGCAUGUUAGGCUUUAGAAUGUUUCAUAUACACCUGUUUAGAUGUAUCUGAAAUUACUCGAGUAAUACUGUCCACCAUCCACAGCAUGUCUUGGAAAUUUGCAUUUACAGCGGCUGUAGCUGAAAAAACUAAUAUUAUGCAGAUUUUUUAAUCAUCACCUUGCAUUGAUAUGACCAUGAAAAGGGUUAAAUAAAUUGUUUUCUU